AAAAACUAGCAGUUGCUUGAUGGUAAUUAACCUAACAACAAGUGCCCAUUUAUCCUCAAAAUAACUCCACAAUCAGCAAGCAUAAUGAUAGCAGGGUGUCAGUUGUAAUAAUGACUAUUAUUAUUUUCUUCCUGUUUCCUGUUUGUUUUGAGCUGGUGUGCUCUUCCUCCUCCUGAUGUUCGGGACUGUCAGUAUGUCUAUGGGCGGUCAUGCUGUGGCCAGCUGCCUUUCUCUCACUUUCACCCUCCUGCUCCACGUCUUGGAUGUGUGUCUGUGCCACCAAGCAGAAAACGGAUGCCCAGAGAGCUGUUUCUGCUCAGAGAGUGUCGACGGCGGGCUGGUGGUCCGUUGUAGUGACAUGCACUUGAUUGCAGUGCCACGUGACCUUCCGAACACUACACAGCAUCUAUACCUAGACAACAACCUGCUGCUUACCAUACCAGCCGAUGCCUUUAUAGGGCUCCCACUACUGUUCAAAUUAGAUCUUUCCCACAACAGGUUGGCUUACCUGGAGCCCGGAGCCUUUCAACACCUUGCAGACUCAUUGAGCAGCCUGGAUCUUUCUUCUAACCAGCUGGAGACCCUGGACCCCAAGGCGUUCGGCGACCUUAGAGCCCAGACUAACCUCUCUCAUAACCCCUGGCUGUGUGACUGUCGUCUGCAGCUGGCUAUGCCACAGCUGCUCUUGGAUCCCUCCUCCCUCACUGAGGUGGUGUGCAACACUUCUGAACCUGAAGCGCUGGAGGCUCAAGGUAUGCCCUUCAUUCUGGUGGCGACUGAUCUUGACUUCUGCACUGCAAUCCAGAGGACCAUUGAUGUGGCUAUGCUGAUAACAAUGUUUGGCUGGUUUACAAUGGUUAUAUCCUAUUUAGUUUACUAUGUAAGGCACAACCAAGAAGAUGCAAUUCGCCACCUCGAGUAUCUCAAGUCUCUGCCCAACAGGCAGGGCAGAUCUGAGGAUUCACUGACACUUAACACCAGGCCGUAACACAAUUAUGAAUAACA